AUGUUCUUUAUGAUGUGUGGAAGUCGGAGUAGAAGGCCAAGAUGGCAAUUUUUGCUGUGCAUUGGGCUGGGCUUGUUGUUUAUUUAUUGGUGCUCAAGGGUCGGUUAUGACUCCUAUUAUUCGGUAAGCCUUUGGAUUUAUUACUGUAGCUUUCGAAAUUCCGCUUACUCUCUAGAAUUUUUUUUGAAUAUCUCGAUGGCACCUGUUGAGCUCGAGCUAAAAUUUUUAGAAAUUUGUACCUGGCAUAUUUAGGGCAAGUGUGCCAAGUUUCAAGGCAUUCGAGUAAAUUUUUUUUUAUUUUUUCCAGCGAUCUCUAAUUAAGCCGUCCAAUUCCAAAAUCAUCCUCGCUUACACCCUCUUCUUCGACAACGAGCGGGUCUAUGAGCCCGCCGAGGAGUGUGAAUUCAAAUGUCUUGUCACAUAUGACAAGGGCUAUCUUCCACAUGCGGAUUUGCUGAUUUUCCAUCAAUGGGAUAUCAAGUUUUGGGACCUGCCCGAUUCAGCGGCACCCAAAAUUUUUUUCACCGAGGAAUCUCCAAUGUUCAAAAAGUUCAAAUAUUUAUUUCCCCCGAGAAAAGACGCCUUCAACUACAUUAUGUCGUAUAUGGCGAAUAGCGAUGUGGUCUGGCCGUACGACCACAAAGCAAUGUAUGCGGGAAAGAAGAGGACAAGGGAGGAGGUGAGAAAGGUGUCUCUGUUUUAAAAAUUGGUGCGACAAAUUUAAUUUGUCAUAUAGGAGUUUGACUUUAUUGUUUCGUUAUAUAGGAGUUUGACACAUAAAAAGUGUAUUAGUAUUUUUCCUAGAUCCGCGCCAUUAUUGCCAAGAAGUCCAAAAUGGCGCUUUCCGCGCGUUCCAACUGCGCAACCAACUCCAAACGAGAGGUGUUGAUCGGUGCGAUGGCCAAGCAUGUGGAAGUCACCACAAUUGGCAAAUGUGGCCGAGAAGAUUGUAAUUGGGAAUGCUUGGAGAGGGAGAUGGGUAAGUAAAAAAAUAUUAAAAAAAAAAUAAAAAAUCAAAAAAAAAUAAUAAAAAAAAUCAAAAAAAAAAAAAUAUAAAAAAGUCAAAAAAAAUUAUAAAAAAAUCAAAAAAAUAUUUUUGCAGAAUCGCACCAUUUCUAUUUGGCGUUUGAGAACGCGGUUUGCGAAGACUACGUGACCGAAAAAUUCUAUCGAUUCACCAGUUAUAUCGUCCCAAUUGUCUUACGACGACACAUCAUUCCCAAGAGGAUUCCCUCGGACGUUUUUAUCGCUGUCGAUGACUUCCAAAAUGUCAAGGAACUCACUGAUUAUCUCACGUAUUUGACCAAGAAUACCACUGCAUACGAACGGUAGGGGAAACAGAGUUACCACUUUUCGGGUUAGCGACAGUUCGGGUUGAUGAUACUAUGGAUCGUGUCGGUUUGUCGUUGUGCGGGUGUGGCUACAGUGACGGACCUGAUCCAAUGGCAAAAAACGUACAAUUUUGUACCCGGGAAGUAUCGUAAAAAGUAGCAAAAUGUCUCCGUCUCCAACUAAAAAACUCCGUUUUGAACGGUGUGCACUUUUCUCACAAAAAGAGCGGACGCGCGUUUGAAACCGGAGUUUUUUCAUUUGGAGAGGGAGACAUUUUGCUACAUUUUUGGAUACUUCCCGGAUGCAAAAUGGUACGUUUUUUGCCAAUGAAUCAGGUCCGCCACUGUAGGAGUAGGCUUAGAAGUAAUAAGAUUGGUCGGGCCUAGGGUAGCUUAACUACAUAUAUAUUUUGAUACUAUAGUUUACAUGUACUCACAUCAAGAAUGUCAAGAUAAAAGUUACGGAUCUUCGUUGUUUGCCCCAAAUUUUGGUCUUUUAUAUAUUGCAGUAGCUCAGGGUAAAGAAAACUAACGUUAGCAAUAGCUAAAAUUAGAAAAAAUGGACAUAUUUCAAGUCUCUGCGAAGUCUCCGCCGAGCCUUUGCCGAGCGUCCGCCGACCAUCCAAUGGCUUUUCCAGGCCCCGUAGGCACUUCCUACAACCCUUUUUAGAGGGGUGUCCACCCUCCCUACGCCCCGUAUCGAUCGAUUUUGUGGUGACCCGAACUGUCUUUGACCCGAAAAGUCAGAAAUUACUCCCGCUAGCAAGAUUAUUAUGUCAAAAAUAUUUUGUGAUGACUAUUAUUUCCGAUUAAUUCAAAAAAUCCCGUUUCAGAUACUUUGACUGGGCGAUUCGAGGAGAUAUGGCCGAGAGGUACGACAAAAAAGAUCCUGGCUGUCGAUUGUGCGAACUCGCCUAUAAGCGACCGCAAAAAUCGAUUGCGGACUUCAACAGCAUCAUAAAUGAUACGAAAUAUUGUGAUAAUACAUUUGUAGAGAAAUUUAUAGGCAUUUAG